AUGUCGAGGGAAAAUUCAUCCGAAGAUGCGGAAUUGAAUACGCUUAAGAGCGUGGAAAGGCACUCGCAGUCAGACCUACUCAGCGAUGCUUUAUCUGAAGACGUCAACUCUGCAAGUAGUGCCAUGGCCAUGAAAGAUGUCUCUUUGAACGAGCACAGUGGCGAUAUUCAAGUGUCUGAUGUGGAUACUUUUUUGAAGGCUGCCCAGGUAGGGGACCUCAGCACUAUUAAGGAACUUUUGGAAUCGGAAAGAGUUCACGUUGAUGAUCACAUUGACGAUAAUGUUACUGCUUUGCAUUGGGCUUCCAUUAACAAUAGGCUCUCUGUUGUGAAGUACCUGGUUUCGCAAGGUGCCACUGUUGACUACAUAGGUGGAGAACUUAAUGCUACGCCGUUACAGUGGGCGUGCCGCUACGGUCUUGUUUAUAUUGCGGACUACUUGCUCGUGGAGUGCAAAGCAGAUCCGUUUCUACAAGAUUUACAGGGCUUCAACUGUUUACAUCUUGCUGUUCAUUCAUCUAACGUGAUGAUGGUAGUAUACCUUCUCAAAUUUUCCAAUAUCUCUGUUGAUACACCUGAUCCUAAGGGAAGAACCGCACUUCAUUGGGCUGCUUACCAAGGUGACUCACUCACAGUCGAGGUCUUGUUGGCUUCAGGUGCCAGUGUUCAUGCUUUAGAUGAAACUGCUUUCACCCCUCUCCAUUGGGCUCUCAUCCGUGGAGUGAAACCUAUACUCUUCAAACUGAUAGAAAAAGGCAGUGAUGUCAAGAAGAAGACCAACGAGGGAAAGGAUGCUUAUGCGAUAUCUGUGGAUAUGAAUUGUACCGUUAAGCUGAAGCAAGCUCUGAAAGAGAACAAUAAGGACUUGCAAGGGAACACAAUCCACAGAUGGCUACCCAAAAAGAUUGCUCUUUACUCCGUGUUUUUGAUUUCCUAUUUCACAUUACCGGUCAUGCUCUCCAUCUUGAAGUUCUCUGGAGACUUUCCAGUCGUGAACCUGAUACUUGGCCUAACUAUUCUUACGGGACAGCAAGUGCUUUUGGUAAAAGUCCUGCUGCCAGCAUGCAUAACCGAGUCCAACGCUUUCAUGAAAUCGCCCUACCUCGCAGGGUUGUUUUCGGCCUCGGCUUUUUGGGUGAUAAUCACGUGGUUUUUCACGGUGCUACCCCGGACUUUCUCGGAUUCUUCGGUGUCGAAUCUGCUGUUUUUGGUGUUGGCCUUUGCAGUCGUCUUUUGCUUCACCAAAAGUGCACUCAUGGACCCGGGCGCGCUUCCGCCUUCGUUGUCGAGGGAUCAAAUCCAACGAACAAUACGAGACCUCAUUGUAUUGAGAAAGUUCGAUGCUAAACAUUUUUGCAUUUACACCUCUGUUCGCUUACCUCUACGCUCCAAGUUCUCUCGCGUCAGAAAACGAGUUGUGGCCAGAUUCGAUCAUUACUGCCCUUGGAUAUACAAUGACGUUGGAGUGAGAAACCACAAGGUAUUUUUGGCUUUUGUAUUUGCCCUCUGGUUGUGUCUCGUGAUAUUUUUCAAUCUGGUGGAUGAACUCUUCGAUGAUCUCGAACAAGACGACUCCUGUUUCAUGCUCUCAGAAAACAUGUGCAAGGGCUACAAUGGCAUGCCUUUUGUGUUUAAUUUGAUCGUCUGGUGUGCGUUCCAGUUCCUAUGGCUUUCGUUCCUGUGCGUUGUUCAGAGUUUUCAGAUAGCAAAGGGCUUUACCUCGAACGAGGCAGAAAGCCUCCAUAAAUUUGGCUCGCAAUCUUCCAACAUGUUCUUCUCCUCGGUACCAGAUGAACUUGAUGAUGCCAAGUCGCCCACAUCUGCUGCUCCACGUCAGUCUGAACUGACACUUUCAAGUACCGCGGUAUUGUGUGUCCCUGCAUUCCUCGUUGGCUCCCGGUUGUUCAGAGUGCUUGGUAUUGACCAGUUUCUCAUGACCACCAGAGACUUGUUAACCUUUAAAAAGUUUCACACAGCCUUUGACUUCGGUGUCAAAAUGAAUUGUCUUGAUUUUUGGCUCUUAAAGAAUGAUGAUGAGCCUUAUUCGGUGCGUAAUCUGGCUAGACUGCCCGUUGCAGGAGAGGCCAACUUAGACGGCCAAUUGGUGGACUACUACAAGCUCUGGGAUUCGCCAGUCUCGCCGAUGGUCUAG